GAACCAGAGGAGGCUGUCCACAGUGAUUGUAAAGAGGGGGACAAUUGGUCCUUUAGCCUGAUUGGGUCCACAGAAGGGCAACACAAAGAGAUGAGAGUGUGCAGACAGCUAUGAGAAAGUGAGAGAGGCAGAAAGCAGCAGUGGCAGGGAGGAGGCAUGUACAUUAUAAAUGGAGACAGAGAGGCAGAGGGGAAACUUUACAAAGAGGACAGUGAGCGAGAGCGCAGACUCAAGGUGACUUUUAGGAAACUGAUGCACUGCAGGCAGCAGCUUUCACAACUUUAACAAGGGAAAUUUUACUAAGUGUGCAGGGAAAAGAGGAACAAAGAGAUAAGUGUGGAAGAAAAGCAGCAUUUUUCACAGGAGGAGGACACACAACGAGAGAGGGAGAGAGAGAGAGAGAGAAAAAGGACACAAAUCGUAGGCAGCAGGGAGCCGCAAAACAGCACGCUGCAGUCCACUGAAGAAGAAAAGAGAGGGAAAAAGUUCAUAUUACUCUGGGCUUCACAAUGGGAGACGGACUGUAUCUUCCAGCGGUUGGCAGUACCUUGGUCCCUGUAGCCAUCGGCUUUUUGACCCUUCUGCCUCACAUGCUUCUGGGUAAUCCAGCGGCAUCUGCAGAUGAGGAAAGCAGCUCGGCACUGCUGCACAGGGUGAAGCGAGGCUGGGUGUGGAACCAGUUCUUUGUCCUGGAAGAGUACACCGGACUGGAACCACUCUACAUCGGAAAGCUUCACUCAGACAUGGAUAAAGGCGACGGGUCCAUCAAAUACAUCUUGACGGGCGAAGGCGCCGGCACCACCUUCACCAUUGAUGACAACACAGGGGACAUCCACACCAUCCAGAGGCUGGACAGGGAGGUGAAGGCCCAGUACGUCCUCCGCGCUCAGGCUCGCAACCGUAUUACAGACAGACCGCUGGAGCCCGAGUCGGAGUUCAUUGUCAAGAUCCAGGACAUAAACGACAACGAGCCCAAGUUUCCAGAUGGACCCUACCAGGCUACUGUACCUGAAAUGUCCAAAAUAGGAACAUCUGUGAUCCAGGUAACUGCUACAGAUGCAGACGACCCCACAUAUGGCAACAGUGCUCGCGUGGUCUACAGCAUCCUGGACGGCCAGCCUUACUUCUCUGUGGAUGCAAAAACUGGUGUGGUCCGCGUGUCGCUGGCAGACAUGGACAGAGAGAUGAGAGAAAACUACACUGUAGUCAUCCAGGCCAAAGACAUGGGUGGUCAGCUGGGGGGCCUCGCUGGAACCACCACCAUCAACAUCAGCCUCAGCGAUGUCAACGACAACCCGCCCACGUUCGACCAGAGACUGUAUCAGAUGAGUGUGCCAGAAUCAGCUCCUGUCGGCUCGGUGGUGGGUCGCAUCUGGGCCAAAGAUCGGGACAUCGGUCCAAAUGCUGAGAUGAAGUACAGCAUCAUAGAUGGAGAUGGCAGGGACACAUUUGACAUCAGCACAGAUCCUACCAAUCUCUUUGGCAUUGUCACUGUGAAAAAGCCACUGAACUUUGAGAACAAACCAAGUUACACUCUGAAGGUCGAGGGCACCAACACCCACUUGGACCCUGCAUUCAAACACCACGGUCCCUUCAAGGACGUCACUAUCGUGCAUGUGAGCGUGGAGGACAUGGAUGAGCCACCGCUGUUUGACUCGCCCGUGUACUACAUCGAGCUGCCAGAGGACGCUGAGAUUGGGACAGUGGUGAAGACUGUGUUAGCCAGAGAUCCUGAUGCUGCCAACAACACCGUGAGGUACUCCAUCGAGAGGUCCAGUGACCCAGACAAGUUCUUCUACAUCGAAAUCACGUCUGGCUCACUGAUGACCGUGCGUUCGCUGGACCGAGAAGAGAUCGGCUGGCACAACAUCACCGUCCUCGCCAUGGAGAUGAAUAACCCCACACAGAUUGCAAGUGUGUCGGUGGCUGUGAAGGUCCUGGAUGUUAAUGAUAAUCCUCCAUCACUGACGCACUAUUUGGAGGCUUAUGUCUGCAAAAAUGCCAAGGCGGGGCAGUUGAUCCAGACAGUGACGGCAGUGGAUCCAGAUGAGCCCCUCGGUGGACAACGGUUCUACUACAGCUUGGCACCUGAGGCUGCCAACAACCCCAACUUCACGCUUAGAGACAACCAAGACAACACGGCAUGGAUUUUGACACGUCGUGGCGGCUGGUCACAGCAGGACCAGACAGUCUUUUACUUACCUAUCUUCAUAUCUGAUAGCGAUCAUCCCGUUCAGAGCAGCACCAGCACGCUCACCAUCCGUGUGUGCAGCUGCGACCACGAGGGCAACGUCAUGUCAUGCAAUGCAGAGGCCUACAGUCUGCCUGCAAGCCUCAGUAGAGGGGCGCUCAUCGCCAUCCUGGCCUGCAUCUUUGUCUUACUGGUGAUGAUUCUGCUCAUGCUCUCUCUGCGGACCCAUCGUAAGAAGCCCUAUCUCUGUGAUGAGGAGGAAAAUGUGCACGAGAACAUUGUACGGUAUGAUGAUGAAGGCGGCGGUGAGGAGGAUACAGAGGCCUUUGAUAUAGCUGCCAUGUGGAACCCACGUGAGGUGCACCACCACCACCCCCUGAGCAAGAUGAGGCAGGACAUGGUGCCGGAGAUCGAAAGCCUGUCGCGCUACGUCCCUCAGGCCUGCGUCAUUGGUGGCGGCGGGGAAGGCAGUGUUCAGGGAUACGUUCUGGCCAAGCUACUAGAAGCUGACAUGGACCCAUGUGCGCCACCUUAUGAUUCCCUGCAAACCUACGCGUAUGAGGGUGAAGGCUCGGUGGCUGAGUCGCUCAGCUCCCUCCAGUCGGGGACAUCCAACACUGACCACGAGUAUGAUUAUCUGAAUGACUGGGGGCCUCGUUUUAAAAAACUAGCUGAGAUGUACGGCGUGCUGGAGACAAACAGUCCGCCGAUGUGGUAAGACGACACAAACUUUGCCUUUUUACUCAGAUAAAAAUGAGAAAAAUGAGACGAGAGACAGAGGCUGAGACACAGAGUUUGAGGAUGAAGUGCUAAAACUGGGAUGUAGUCACGGGUACUUGAAUUCCUCGAAUCUUCACAACCCUGAAGGUGUGAGGUGCCGGGAGUCGUGUGAGCUGCUUUUAAAUUUGGCGCCAGAGAGGAGCUUCAGAGAGUGGCGGGUUCAGCAGCCCCACAACGGAGCAGCUUCAAAGCACAUGUUAAUUCCCCUGCCGGACUAAGCCACGGACUGAACGCUUUGGUU